AUGCCCUCAGACCAUCGGCUGCAACCCCACGAGGCCCCUAGAUCCCGCCUCGAGGCUCUGGAAGCCGGCUCCCUCGCUUCAGUCAACUGGAAGGACAGCAGGCGCGCUCGAUGCUGGUGCUGCUCGGGGUACACGGGGCUCCCCGGGGCCAGGCGCCCCCACCCGUCUCGUUCCUUGAUGGCCUCACCAAGCGGGGCCCCCGUCUUAGCCUCUCCCGCCCGCGCUCCGGCCUUCGACCCUCCACCGCUACUCCCCCCCCCGCCGCCCAGGGCCGGGUCCCCGAGCCCCUUCGCGCCCCUCACACCCCCCCGCCCCAGCGCGGAGCCCCGCCCCCAGCGCCCUACCCCACCCCGAACCCCACCUCCAGCGUCCUCUCCCCCCUCCCCGCGCCCUGCCCCCACCGCCAAGCCCCGCCCCCAGUUCCCUCAGCGCCCUCCGCUCGCCCCACGGUCCGUAACUGCCCGACACCCCCCACCGCCCGGCCCCCUCCCCAACCGCCGCAGGCGCGGGCCCACCCGGCAGCGCGCCCACCUCCGGGGGGCUCCAUCCCGGCCUCCCCCGGCCCGCUCCUCAGUGCCCACGAAGGCUCCCACCCGCAGCCUCCUCUCGCCCGGGGAACGCCCGGACCUCCAGCCCGCGAAAGAGCGGCAGUGGCGGCGGCGACCGGAGAAAGCCCAGCGGCGGCGACGGCGAGGGCGGCUCUGCGCCUUCAAGUGCGACCCCAAGGAAGCCUCACUUUCCGGCCGUGACCUGGCACCCACUGCCACCACCAGGAAAGCCACUGAGAAGGGCAGGAGUGUCCUGUCCACGCCCGUCUGUGGACAAGGCCGACGGCUCCUGGAGGGCGGCGGCAGGGUGGGAGCCCUGGCUGGCCCUGGGGAGGUGACGGCCCCCAACCGCAGCCUCGAGGAUCCUCAGGCUCUCCGGGGUCGAGGUCUCCUCCACCCUCACAGACAGCAAAUCUUCACCUUCUAA